AUGGAUGAACGCAAGGAAGAAGAAACAAAAUAUGGGGCUGAAGGUUCUGCGAAAGAAGAAAAUUCCUCCAUAGAUGAACACAAGGAAGAAGAAACCAAGCAUGAGGCAGAAGAUUUUGUGAAAGAGAAAAGUUCAUCGAUGGAUGAACGCAAUGAAAAAGAAACAAAAUAUGAUGCUGAAGGUUCUGCGAAAGAAGAAAAUUCCUCGAUGGACAAAAAAAAGGAUGAUGCUAUUGAAAAGGAACAUUCAAAUUCAUCGAACUUAGAUAAGGAAACAGAAACAAAACAUGAUGCAAAAGAUGCUGUGAAAGAGGAAAGUUCCUCAAUGGAUGAACGCAAGGAAGAAGAAACAAAAUAUGGGGCUGAAGGUUCUGCGAAAGAAGAAAAUUCCUCCAUAGAUGAACACAAGGAAGAAGAAACCAAGCAUGAGGCAGAAGAUUUUGUGAAAGAGAAAAGUUCAUCGAUGGAUGAACGCAAUGAAGAAGUAACAAAAUCUGAGGCAAAAGAAGCUGUGAAAGAGGAAAGUUCAUCGAUGGAUGAAAAGAAGGAGGUUAUUGAAAAGGAACAUUCGAAUUCUUCUAAUCUAGAUAAGGAAACAGAAACAAAACACGAGACAGAAGAUUCUGUGAAAGAGGAGGAAAGUUCCUCGAUGGAGGAACGCAACAAAGAGGAAACAAAACUUACGGUUGAAGGUUCUGUUGAAAAAGAAAGUUCCUCGAUGGAUGAACGCAAGGAAGAAGAAACAAAGCAUGAGGCAGAAGAUUCUAUGAAAGAGGAAAGACCAUCAAUGGAUAAAAAGGAAAAAGUUCUUGAUAAGGAACUUUCGAAUACCUCUAACUUGGAUCAGAAAAAAGAAACAAAACAUGCGGCAGGAGACUCUGUGAAAGAGGAAAGUCCCUCGAUGAAUCAAAAGGAGGACGUUUUUGAAAAGGGACAUUCGAAUUCUUCAACCUUGGAUAAGGAAAAAGAAACAAAACAUGAGGCAGAAGAUUUUGUGAAGGAGGAAAGUUUCUCGAUAGAUGAAAAGAAGGAGGUUAUUGAAAAGGAACAUUCGAAUUCUUCUAACUUGGAUAAGGAAACAGAAACAAAACAUAAGGCAGAAGGUUCUGUGAAAGCGGAAAGUUCCUUAAUGGAGGAACGCAAGGAAGAGGAAACAAAACUUGACGCAGAAGGUUCUGUGAAAAAAGAAAGUUCCUCGAUGGAUGAACACAAGGAAGAAGAAAAAAAAUACGAGGCGGAAGAUUCUGUGAAAGAGGAAAGUCCCUUUAUGGAUAAAAAGAAACAAGUUCUUGAAAAGGAACAUUCGAAUUCUUCAAUCUUUGAUAAGGAAAAAGAAACAAAACAUGAGGUAGAAGAUUCUGUGAAAGAGGAAAGUUCCUCGAUGGAUGAGCGCAAAAAAGUAGAAACAAAAUAUGAGGCAGAAGAUGAUCGAUCUGAGGAAGAGAAAAGUUCUUGGAUGGAUGAGAAUAAGGAAGUCCUCGUAAACCUACAUUUGAAUUUGUCAAACAUGGGUAUACGGAAAAUUUUCGACGGAUUCAUAUCUAGUGCCGCCGUAACGCAUCUCGAUCUAGAAGACAACAAAAUAGAAGAAGGUUCCUUUCAGGCAUUCGAAAAACUUCCAAACUUGAGAUACCUAAAUUUGGCAGGGAACAAGCUAAAUCUACCAACAUUCUUGGAAUCUGGGUUUCACAAAAAUCUUGAUACUCUUAUUCUGGAUCGAAUGCAAUUUCUUCAAACGCCAAAUUGUUAUUAUAAUGCCAAUCCUGAUAUACUCUUUUCUUCUCUCGAGAUUGGAACCACACUUCCAAAUCUCAAUCAUCUGCAUCUAGAAGAUCUUCAAUUAGGAAAUAUUUAUUCGUCGAAUUGGACACAACUUUUUCCGAGACUGACUCAUAUCUAUUUUUCAGGUAACAAUUUAAAAUAUACAGUUAAUCAAUUCCUGGUAGAAAUUCCAUCGACUGUAAGUCAUUUGUAUAUAGAAAGAUGUCAAAUAGUGUCGAUAGAUUUGCGAGAUUUUAAAGAUUAUAUGGAUUUUAUGGGAAAUAAAGUAGAUUCUUUACUUACUCUUUCUCUGGAUGAAAAUAAAAUUAAUUGUUUGGGAUGGAGAUUGUGGGAUGAACCGUAUCCAUAUAUCUCUCAUUUGACUGGCUCACUUCCGGCUUUCUACCCCUUCUUCCCGGCCGCUUCGCCAAGAACACGACAAGUUCCGCCGUCCGCCAUUCGCCAUUUUGUUCCUCACGCGUGUUCAAGGCUUCUCUUAAUUUUCUCCGUAAAAAAGUGCAUUUUCCAUCAAAAGUAG